CAUCCGGGGUUUGGAUUGUCCCCGCUACCGCUGUUGCCGUCGCGCUCCGCGGGAAACCGCAGGCGCGGGCGCUGUGGACGGGAAAGCGCCGCUCGCGUCACGAACCGCGAGAAGGCGACCCCACGGCGGACAACGGCGUUCCCAUACUCGGGCGCGACGAUUCUGACAGGCUGACGACUCCACAAACCAUGGAAUCGGAUCGCAUAAAGCGGAUCCGGAUCCCUGCGAGAAGGAACCGGACCGUGGGCUCCGGGUCGUGGAUAAAGAGAGAAGUGAUGAUGGUGAUGAUGAUGUGAUGUGAGGUGAUGACACCAGCGCACAACUGCAGACUCCAGAUCCCACAUAGCGUCUCCUGCGGAUAGAGUGUCUGGUUCAGAACAAUUCACCCGAUCUACACAGAUCAUCUGUUCUGGACAGAACAUCGCUUCUGGACCGAAUGAUCGGUCCAGAUAAAAUGUACGAUCCAGCUGGCUCACCGGUCCGCUCACCACCAAGCUCACCGAUCAGCCCACCAGCCUGCCACACGGCUGACUCACCCGUCCACUCGGCUCGCUCACCCGUCCACUUGGCUCGCAUUGUAGUAAGCUCCCCGGCCAAACCACCAGCAGUCCACUCGCCAGUCGGCCUACCGGUGAGCUCGCCAGCUUGCGACAGUGAUGAGGCAGCGGUGGCAGUGACGCCGUGGCCGGAUGAGGAGCGGCGCCGAGUGCUGUUUGCGGCAUUCAAGGCGGCGCGCGCCGUGAACCCGGCCGACUGGGACGGACGGCUGAGGUUCUGGCGCGAGCGCAUGGUGGGUGAGGCGCGGGCGAGCGGCGACGCGGCGCUGUCGCUGGCACGGCUGCAGCAUCGCUACGCCGACCCGCGGCCGCCCCUUGGCCUCGCCACCGUGCUGCGUGAGAUGAUGCGGGAGGGGGCACUGGUACGUGAGUCGGAGAUGGGGGGGGGCGCGGGGCAUGGCUGGUUGUGGGGGGCGGGGCGCCUCGCCCUCACUCCGCUGAGAUGGGCGCGUGACUCGUUGCUAGGUGGCCGUGGUGACGUAAUCGCACCCGACGAGUGCCUUAUUCUGCCCAGCGUCGUCGAGGAGGCGGUGAGUGCGGUGCUGGCUUGGCGGGCUGGCCGGCCCCACGCUGCUGCGGUCGCUGUGCGGUUGAGCGCCAUGGUUGAGGCGGCCGUCUGGCCGAAUGAGGCGACGCUGUGCAUGGCUCUUCGAGUCCUGCAGCAACGGCAGCAGCUCACCACACUCACCAUUGAUGGCGUGGAGGUGGUAAAGUUUGCGGCGCCAGGUGCGGUGCACGCACCGCCGCUGUCUCCUGUGGACGUCGGCGUCAUGAAGCUGGAAAUGGCGCAGGGGCUGCUGGGAGCACGGGCUCACGCUCAGAGACAGAGGGCGCACACGCUGAAGGAGGAAGCUAGGGCCCACGUGCGGGAGGGAAGCAAGCGCCAGGCACUGCGUUGCCUCCGUGCAUGUAAGCGUGUGCAGCAGCAGCUCGAGCGCGUGGAGCAGCAGCAGGAGUCCCUGGAGCAUCUCCUGGAGAGCGUGCACGCGGCACACACCGAUGCCAUGGUAAUCCAGGCUUUUCAGGCCGGCAAGGUUGCUCUGCACAAAGUGUUACAGUCGGGCCCUGACACGGAUGCGGUGGACGCCCUGAUGGACGAGAUCCAGCAGCUCAAAGAGGAGCAGGAAGAUGUGAGUCAUGCGAUUUCUCAAGACAUAUCUGGAACAGACGACUUGGAGCUGGAGGAGGAGCUGUCAGCACUUUUGCUGCUGGAGGAGGCGCCCCCCACCACCUCGACACUCCUGCCAGAGUUACCACAAGUUCCCCAGGCCGGCCCUGAUUGUCACGGAAGUGAUGUCGCAGGUCGCGUGUCGGAGCGGCUCCUGAGCGACGCGGAGCUGGACCUGUCGCGGCUCCAGAUCCACGGCGACGUUGCCCGUAGCCACGGCAACUUCACAGGACUGCAGGCAAGCGACCGUCAGACUUCCGUCAUGGAUGCCCUGUGACCUCCGCCCUUGCUUGAUUUUGUUUCUGCGUCUCCCCGUCACGGAGCGGUGCACCAAGGGGGGUGCCUGCACCCUCUGGCCCUCCCAAGGCCCCGCGUCUCACUUACCUCCAGAAGACAGGGGGCUCGAUCGAAAUGUCACUCUGUGCCUCUCCUCGUGCCGAGCAUGGCCGCAAAGGCCCACUGCGGCAAGCGGCACUGCCAGAAGGCACGAUAGAUAAUCGUACCUGCCUUUUUAUUGAAGUGCCACUCCACAGGAGAAUGCAGUCCCGGCAUAGACGGCUCCGAUCGUGCAUCUGCGAGCGUUUGAGUACGAGACUCGCACACACCCCGGUAUAAUCCGGAUUGUGCUACUCUUGACCUCGCAUCAUCGCUAAAACAAAGGAUUCUCUUUGGAAAUCUCGCAGAGCUACAGGGGGGGUGGACCCCCCUCACAAUUAGAGAGUGGCCCUGUGGAAGCAGAGCCUUUUCUUCAUGUGGCACUUUGGUCCACCACACAGUAGGGGGCAACACCGUUUUGGUGACCCAGGUGGCUCUUGCAAAAGAGAACUCUCUCUAACCCCCCUUGUCUCCUUGAGAUCUCACCCGGGUCAAACAAAAUCAACUUGACUUGAACUUGCGGCCCGCUCUGCCACAGAGAGGCAGUGUCCGUUGCGUGGCAGUCAACCCGUAAGUGUUUAUAUUUACGGGAUCUAACCCAGAUAACCUAUAUUAUAGAUGAUAUUAGUCACGAAACCCUGAAAUGUUAAACAGAGCUGGAAUUCGGCUAAAUUGAGUGGAAGAGCCGCAUUUGCUUUCUGUGUGUGCAGUUAUUGGUGAUCGGGCCAAGGUCGAGGGCUGCCUCCUGUCCUGGUUCUCCCAGAGAUGCCCUGUGUUUUUAGGCAGCUGCUGAGCAGUGAGCUACGAGAGGAAAGAGCUGAGUGAUCAUCUUGCGUCUCCCUCAGUCACUCAAGCCGGAUUCAACUCAACUGGAGCUCGCCAGUGACAUGAGUAUUCGGCACUUGGGUUCUCCCUUGGUGUCCUCCAGGUCACUGCUAGACUCGAGCAGACCGCGCACGGUGACCAGUAGUAUCGACAACCAUGGCAAGAGGGUGUAUACUGGAUGUGGUUUAAGACCAUGUUUAUUGAAUUUAGAUCGGGUUUAAGACCAUGUUUGUUGAAUUUAGACGGGGGUUUAAGACCGUGUUUGUUGAAUUUAGACCACUUUUAAAACAGUGUUGAAUUAGACCGGGUUUAAGACUGUUGAAUUUAGACCGGGUUUAUAAUCAUGUUUGUUGAAUUUAGACUGGGGUUUAAGACCACGUUUGUUGAAUUUAGACUGGGUUUAAAACCACGUUGUUGAAUUUAGACCGGGUUAAGACUGUUCAAUUGAGAUCGGAUGAAAGGGCAUGUUGUUCAUGUUAGAGCAGGUUUAAAACUAUGUUGAUGUUAGACCGGGGGUUAAGACUGUGCUUAAAUCGUAUUUAUUGGACUAGGCUGGGUUUCAAGAUGAAGCUGACAAAUGUUUGAGGCCAGAUUAACUGAAGACCAGGUUAAAUGAAGUCCUGAUUGAGGUGAGGGCUUGCGGUGGGCAGGGUUUAACACCAGGUUUAAACCUGUGGUUCGGACGGGUUUCACGGGAUCCUGGGUUAGACUGGGAUUAUGUUGCGGUGUUGCACUUUAAAUAAAAGCCAAUAGUUUUGAUCACA